UUCGCAUGGCUUUUUCCAAUAAAAUACCUAAAUAUAUAAAAUUUUAAUAUAUCCAACAAUAUUAAGAUGGAAGUCGAUGUCGAACGGACUGAACCGACGGGCGAUGUUGUGCUUGGGGCGGCGGUGGUUGCGCGGCCGCCUCCCAUUCAUGGCAGAGCAGCGGGCGACCCUGGUGAACGUGAAGGUGAAGUGGGUGAAGGACCGGCCUCUCGAUUGGGCCGUCUCCCGCGAGCGCCACCUCCGCCCCGCCCUCCACCUCGUCCACCUUAUCUCGUCGCAGCCCCGCGGCCGGGCUGCCCUACGGGACCUCGCUCCGUGCCGCCGUCAGUUGGCCCUUCCCCACGCCAACAUCGGCGCCUUCCUACGCCGCUUCCCUACCGUCUUCCGCGAGUCUGCCGACUUUGGCGGCAUGGACGGCCCUUGGUUCUCCCUCUCUGACGACGCCCUCCGCCUCCGUCGGAUGGAGCUCGGGGCCCUCGCGGACGCGGAGCAGGACCUCGUCGACCGCCUCCGCCGUCUCCUCAUGCUGACCGCCGACAGGUCGCUCCCGCUCCACGCCGUCGACCAUCUGCGGUGGGACAUGGGCUUGCCCUCGGACUACCACCUCUCCUUCGUCCCACGCCAUCCGGACUUCUUCGAGCUCGUCCGCCGUCCCGGCGACGAGCGCAUCUGGCUCAAGCUCGUCUCUUGGGACCCUCGCCUCGCUGUCUCCGAGCUCCGGAAGAGCGCGUCCUCAGCCGACGGCGACUGCUUGGCGUUCCCGGUGAGUUUCACCAGGGGAUUCGGGCUGAAGAAGAAGUGUAUGGCGUGGCUGCGGGAGUGGCAGACGCUGCCCUAUACUAGCCCGUACGCGGAUGCCUCCGGCCUCGAUUCCCGGACCGACGUCUCGGAGAAGAGAAUCGUAGGGGUCUUCCACGAGCUCCUCCACCUCACCAUCGCAAAGAAGACGGGGCGGAGGAACGUGAGCAACCUUCGGAAGCCGCUCGGUCUGCCAUUCAAGUUCACCAAGGUGUUCGAGCGCCACCCAGGCAUCUUCUACCUGUCGCAAAAGCUGGCCAUACAGACAGUCGUGCUCAGGGAGGCCUACGGUGGCAGCGAUCUCCUAAUUAAGCAUCCCCUACAGGAGAUCAGAGAGAAGUAUUUGGCUCUGUUGUUGGCGUCUCAGCAGGAGAGGACCAAGGGAGAUCUCAAGAAGGAGAUUGAGGUGGCAGGGCACACAGGCUGUGAACUCUAAUCCAAGGUAUAUGGAAGAAGAUAAGGAUUCAGAUGGGUGCAUUGGGGUGUGGUCUUCGUUCUAGCAUGCUUUUGGAUGAUGAUGAUGCUGGUGAUGCUCUGGAUGCUUCCUGACCAUGGUCUUCUACCCGUGGUCGCCAAUGCUCAACCUUCAAAAGUCACUUGAAGGAUGUUGUCUCCAAAUCUCAAGAUAAUGAGCAUGAUGACAAGCCCAAAUGGCCACACUUGAAGACUUAAAAGGUGCUGUUUGUCUAAUUGACUAAUAUUGUUUCUCUUCUAAUCUGCAAGUAAGUUACCUAUUUGUUGCUAUUGUUUCUCUCAGUCUUUUGUUUUAUCUGCUGUAUUGCAUUUCCUUCGAAAAUAGAAUAAAUCAAUGCACAUGAAUUUUGCUUGGGAUCUCCAUUUA